CGCUUCGGCAGCGCGCCAGUGCCAGCUAGAUCGGCGGAGCGAACGUCACAGCGGAGACUCGGAGAGGUCGCAGAGUGCCGUGCCCGCGAACCGACGCUCUAGCGUGCCAUGAGAUGUCCCGGGACGCGUACGUGGGCGGAUCGCGCGGCGUGAGGCUGCCCACGGUCGACCGGUCGCCCAGCAGGGCGUACCCGGGCGGCAGCCCCCUGGGCAGGAAGCCAGCGCGGCAGACGAACUCGCCCGAGCAGUACGGCGGGCCGUACCACCAUUCGUCGCCGUACUACCGGGACGAGGACCUGGGCAGUCCCAUGCUGGAGGACAGGGGCAGGCCUAUGACGGUGGGACCGGGCGGACACCACCGGUCGAGGAGCGCUACCAGACCAUCCAAUCCAAUGUCAGUCCGCUAUCAAUCCCUGGAUAGGGGUCCCACCAUGGACCAUGAACGAGAAUUCCUACCCAUUCGAGACAGGCGGGACAGAUCCCUAGACCGUAGCCUCUAUUUUGACGAUGAACCCUACAGCUCCAGGUCUGCUAGACAGUCACCUACGUCUCACCAGCCGUUCAUAGGGGAGCUUCAACACCAAAAUUCGGACCUGCAACGAGACUUGGCGAAUUUGAAAAAGGAGCUGGAGCUGACCAAUCAGAAGUUGGGAUCUUCGAUGCACUCCAUCAAGACCUUCUGGAGUCCCGAACUGAAGAAAGAGAGGGCACUCAGGAAAGAGGAAUCCGCCAAGUACAGCCUCAUCAACGAUCAGCUCAAAUUACUCAGUAGUGAGAACCAGAAACAAGCUAUGCUAGUCCGUCAAUUAGAAGAAGAAUUGCGAAUGAGAAUGCGGGGACCCAGUAUAGAAAUCCAACAGCAAAUGGAGGCUCUUUAUCAAGAAAACGAACAUUUGACUAGAGAGAUUGCUAUCUUACGAGACACCAUCAAGGAACUGGAGUUGAGGAUAGAAACGCAGAAACAAACGCUUCAGGCGCGCGACGAGAGUAUCAAAAAACUGCUCGAGAUGCUCCAGAACAAAGGAAUGGGUAAAGAGGAAGAAAGGCAGAUGUUCCAACAGAUGCAGGCUAUGGCCCAAAAGCAGCUGGACGAGUUUCGCGUGGAGAUUCAGCGCCGGGAUCAGGAGAUCCUCGCCAUGGGGGCGAAGAUGAAGACGUUGGAGGAGCAGCACCAGGACUACCAGCGGCACAUUGCGGUGCUGAAGGAGUCGCUGUGCGCCAAGGAGGAGCACUACAACAUGCUGCAGGCCGAUGUGGAGGAGAUGCGGCAGCGGAUGGACGAGAAGAACAGACACAUCGAGAAGAAGACGCAGCAGUUCCAGCAGGAGAGGGCCAGAGCGGCUGCAGAGGUCGCUGAGAUGCGGGAGCACAUGGACAUCAAGGAUAGGAAGAUCAACGUGCUCCAGAGAAAGGUAGAGAAUUUAGAAGACCUACUGAAAGAAAAGGACAACCAAGUGGACAUGGCACGUGCCAGAUUGUCUGCGAUGCAGGCUCACCACUGUUCCUCCGAAGGGGCCCUUUCUUCCUUAGAAGAGGCCAUCGGCGACAAAGAGAAACAGAUGAACCAGCUGAGAGAUCAGAGAGACAGGGCCGAACAAGAGAAGCACGAGGAGAGGGAUUUGCAUGAGAGGGAGAUAGCAGAGUACAAGAUGAAGAUCCACGGGCUCAAUAGUGAGGUGGAGAAAUUGACUGCUAGAUUAGAAAGGGCACAAAACGACAGGGACCGUCUGGAAGCCAAACUGGAAAGUUCCCAAUCAGAAUUAGGCAAAUCCAAGGCGGAACUGGAUAAGGCAGCUGUGGAAGUCGGUAGAAGUGGCGCCGAUUGGGAGGCAGCCAGGCAAAGAUUGGCCAGGCUGGAGCUGGAGAACGAGAGGCUGAGAAGCGAGUCGGAGAGAGGACCUGGCACCACCUCAUCAUUCGGCAGGGUCACCUUCAGCAGCUCACACGAGCUAGACAGGAUGCAAGAGAGAGCAGACAAGUCCUCGUCAGACCUCAGAAGGUGCCAGGCUGAGCUGAGGGUUACCCAAGCCGAUAGUGAGAGAGCUAGACAAGAAGCUACAGCGUUACAAGAAAAACUUGAAAAGUCCCAGGGGGAAGUAUAUCGCCUCAAGGCCCGACUAGAGAACUCCCACCAAGAGCAAGACAGUCUGCGAGAGGAGUUGGAGCGCGCCCAAUCCGCCACAGCGAAGCUGCACUCGGACAAGGACCGAGCCUACGCAGAGCUGGAGAAGGCGCGGGAAGAACUGGAACGCACGUCGGCGACCUUGGGAAAGGCCCAAUCGCAACAGGACAAGCUGCAGAACGCGCUGGACAAGGCGCAGACCGAGGUCGACAAGCUGCAAGAAAAGCUCGACAAGUCACUUGGGGAGACCAGAAGGAUACAACUGGAGAAAGAAAAGGUCGUAUACGACUUAGAGAACAUCCAGUCGCAAUUGGACAAGGUUCUAGGCCAGUCUGCUCGGCUUCAAAAGGAAAAAGAGUCGGCUCAGGUCGAAGUCGAUCGUCUUAGAGACAAGAACGAGAAAACUCAGAAUGCCCUAUCGAGACUUCAGAAGGAGAAAGAUAGCUUCCAGGACGAGUGCGAAAAAUUGAAGGAAAGAUUGGAGAUGCAGCUGAAUCAGAUAGCUAAGGCCCAAAGAGAACGUGCUGAUAUCGAGACUGAGUUAGAUGUAAUCAAGGACAGGUGGGAGAAAUCUCACUCGCUGCAACAAAAACUGCAGAUAGAAAGAGAUGACGCCUUAUCUGAAAUUGAUAUUAUCAAAGAGAAGCUGGAGAAAGCCAUAUAUGCCUCACAGAAAGCUAUUGAUGACAGAGAAAGUAUACACAAAGAUUUUGAAAAACUACUGGAAAAAUACGACAGAUCUCAAAGCGAUGUAUAUAGACUACAAAAUAAAUUAGACACUGUUCAAGCAGAUAAAGAACGUUUCGAACUGGAGAUCGAGAAGCAACAGCUGUUGGCUACGAAACAACGUGAAGAUCAACGUAAGCUCCAAGAUGAAUUACAAAGGGUUCAAGAAAUGUACGACAGAUUAGCAAUGCAGCUUGGAAGAUCUAAGGAGAUUGAAGAAAAAUCCAAAGAGGAGAUCGAACGCCUCAACAUCGACAUAGAAAUGGUCAGAGAUCGUUAUGAGAAAGCUCAAAUCGAACUCAGACGAUACCAAAGCGAAAAAGAGAAGUUCCAUGGUGAAAACGAGCGUCUUCAAUAUGAAAUCGAAAGAACACACGGACAACUUGCUAAAGUACAAGCUAGCUACGAGAAGAGCCAAGAAGAAAGCGCCAGACUACAAGUUGAGGUCGAGAAGGCUAAGGACAAACACGAUAAGCUACAAAAUGAGUUCAGGAAAGUGGUAGCCGAAUAUGAUGCUCUGAGAGAGUCUGCAGCACCAUCCGGAAGAGACAGAUACUCCAAAUACGACAGAGAAGAUCGGUCUAAAGACGACAACGAAAGAUUGAGAUCCGAGAUCGAUAGGCUGAGAGAACGCCUCGAUAAAACCCUGGGAGAUCUAGACCGGUCCAGAAAAGAACUGGCCCUCGUAGAAUCCACCAGAGGCAAAUAUACCUUCGACCAGGAGAAAGAAAAGACCCUGGAGAUGGAGAGGUUGAAGGAUGAUCUACAAAGAACCCUCAACACCAACCAACAGCUCGAGACCAAGGUUCACGAGAUCACCAUACAGCUAGACCUAGCUAGACAAGAAGUUGCCAAACUAUCUGCAGGUCAAGACAAGCAACGACACGAGCUAGAACGAGCAGUUAUAGAAUGUGAGAAGCUGAGAGAUAGGUACGAGAAGCUCAAAGUGCAAACCGAGAAGCUAGAGAAAGAAAACGAGAAGCUGAGAACAGAAAUCGCCCAAGCAGAUAGAAGACAAACUCUGGCAGCUGAUAAGGUCAGGAAUGAUGAGCGAUUGGAGAUUGAACGUUUGAAAGAAAAACUGGAGAAAGCGAUACAAGCUCGCGAUGCUACAGAAUUGGAAGCUGGAAGGCUAGCUCAGGAGCUAGAGAAGUCGCAGCAACACCUAGCUAACGCCUUGCAGACCAACGAAGCUACCAAGAUUGAGUUCGAGAGGAUGGCAACAGAACUGGCUAGGAUGCACGAAAGGAUAGAACGAGACAAGUUGGAUUGGAAGACAAUGGAACAGGAAAGAGAUGUAUUGAGGGCCGAGAUGCAGCAAAUCAGAACUGGGCUAGAUACACAAAGAAGAACCAUGGACCAUAGGACGCAAGACACUAUAGUCAAGCUUCAGCAAGAACUGGCACAGGUGUCGAGAGAAAGGGAUAAAAUGGCUUCUAUGCUAGAUAAGCAAGGUAGACAAGGUGAGUCCGUGGAGAAGCAGAUAAUCAAGUACGAAGCUGACAUCAAACAGUUGACCAUGGAGAGGGACCAGCUAGUGAUGCAAUUAGAAAAAUCCCAGGACAUGCUGAUGAACUUCCAGCAAGAGUUGAAUCACAGCGAAGCCGAGCUCGAAAAACAGAAAGCCGAGGUGCAAAGACUCAAAGCCGAGCAGAAGAGAAUGGGUCAGGACAUGGAAAGGGGUACCAAAGAGGUGCUCGAGAACAGAGACAGAGAGAUCGCUAAGCUCCAACAGCAGCUGCAGGCCCUGCAAAAGGAGAGAGAUACUCACAGGCAGCGAGCUGACAAAGCCGAGAAGCUGCUGCAAGAGUCCGGUGCCAGAGGUGACUCCGAGCUGGAGCAAUGGAGAAAAGUUGUGCAGCAGGAAACCGAUAGGGCAGACCAGGCAGAGAAAGCUGCUCAGGACUUGCAGAAGCGGAUACAAGUGCUGGAGAAGCAGAUGCAGCAACAGCUGCAGCAGAUGGCGUUGUACCAGAAGGAAAGAGGGAUACAACCCCCUGCAGCGGAUGAUAAGGAGACAGCUAGGCUGAGGAGGGAGCUGGAGAAAGCACAAGCUGAUGUUAAGAACUCUACGACGGAGAAAGAACGAUUACAAUCGCAGCUUGAGAUGCUAGUACAGGAGCUUGAGAGGAAUCAGUUGGAAUUGCAUGAAGCACAGAAGAAAGCAGCUGCAGCUGCUGGUCAGAAACCAAGUGAAGAUUUGUCGGCACAAAAGCGACAGAUUGACGAAGAAAGGAGGAAGAUAGAGGAAACAAAGAAGCAAUUCGAAGAGCAGAGGCGAACUGUAGAUAAUAAGAGUAGACAAAUAGAGGAGAAAGAGAGAUCCUUAGCAGACUUAGAUAAACAAUUACAAAAACAGAAACAACAACUGGACCAAUUACAAAACUCAUUACAAAGGGCUGGCGGUAACGCAGCUGCUGUGGGUGAGAUGAACAAAAAAUUGACAGAGGCGGAGAAGAAGAUGGAACAAGCCCAAGAGGAGGCUAAGCGAUCUGCUGCCGAGAUGGAAAGGCUUCUACAGCUGGUACAGAUGAGUCAAGAAGAACAGAAUGCGAAAGAGAAACAAAUUUCCGAUUUGCAACAAGCUCUAAAAAAUGCACAGAUGAAACUCAAGAGCCAACAACAACAACAAGCACAAAAGGAAGAGGAAAACGACAGUAUUACCCGAAAAGAUCGAGAAAACACCGACCACACGAGAAAUCAUGAGGACAAAAAUGAUAUUAUACUCGAGCUAGAGAACAAUGUGGAUAGCUCGAACGACUCGAAACCAACUGAGACGAUCAUCGCCAGGCUUGAGGAAGAAAUUAGAAACUUGAGGAAUAACAACGGGCUAGAAAGAAGUCUGGAAGAUAAAGAAAACAGGAUAACUCAGUUGGAAGAUGCACUCAGGGAAAGCAUCAAGCUAUCCACCGAGAGAGAAAUGGUUUUAUACGAAGAGGAGAAAAAAAGGCAACAGAUUAUGCAGAAGGUUGGCAAGUUAGAGCAAAGGCUCUUAUCUCUACAGUCAGCACAGGCGAUGAGAUGCCAUUCCUGCAAACCGUAUGUUAGAAGAAUGACAACACUGGAAUCUAAACUGACCAAGCUGGUUGGAGAGAGGAAGAAGAACUUGCAAGAGUUAGCUCACAUGAAGAGAGAAGCUUUGGAAUCUGCAAUAAGCGAAAAGGAUGCACAUAUGGCACUGCUAGAAAUAUCUGGAAUAAGAAGUGCUCACCAAGCUGAUGAAGUUGAUCGACUGAGAAUGGACAAAAAGAGACUAGUUGAAAAUCUCCGAAAAGAGUUGGAACUGAGUUUAUCUUUAAUAGAAGAAUCAGAAGAUGAAGAUUCAAUAUCCUUGAUACAGGAUGAAGCGAAAGAUCAAAGGUGAUACCAAGACUAACUGAAAAAUCUUCCACUGAUCUCAGCAAUAAACGCGCUCACGGAAAUUUCGAUGCUAUAGACAUUAAAAUAACGUGGGACGAAAGAACAUUGAUCAUUCGAAUUCUAAGACAUUUUUUGAAAAAGCACUGCCUAUAAUAAAUUUGAUAAUUUUAGGUACCUAUACACAGACCCUUGAAGGCUAUUGCUCCCUAGAAACGAAAAGCGCAGUGAGACUUUUGAAUCCCCUGAAUUGAAUUUUUAAUUUCACCAUCUUGCUCAGAGGGUGCUUAAUGAACAUAGAUUGGAUUUUUCUGGGAGGAAUGCUUUUUGGUCUGUUCGUUUUGACGUUACUAUUUUUGUCCAUGUUAGAUAUUAUGACAAUAAUAUUGGAAUGGGGCAUGUUUGUACAAAAAUGUAAUGAUAGUUAGGUUUCGAUAAAUUUGGCAACAUCAUGGCGGAUUUGCAUUACUUUUAUUUCAUGACUGGAAUACACAAUUUUUCCUCAAUAUCUCUUCAUAUAUACAUACUGGAAAGCCACUAUACUUCUCCAAUUCUUAUAUAGUGUGCUUAGCUUAAGAUCUAUUAUUUUUUUAUUUUAUCAGGUAGGCUACCUUUACUACUAUGAACAAAAAUAAUCUACUUUCGAUCGAUGAAUACAACGGUUGUAAAAGAAACAAAAUUGUGAUACGGGAGUGUCCUCUAUAUACAGGGUGUUUCAUCAAGGUCUACCACCGGCGUGAUCCUACAACUUUCAGUAAAAAAUCUCAUGAUAUAAAUCUUGAUAACUUGAUGAUUUUAUUUCAUAGGUUUCUGUAUAUUAAAUAUAUUUGUCGCUUCUAAAUUGUGGAACACGAUGUUGACGCCGAUGACCGGCUGUGAUCAAACAACCUGUACAGUAUGAAUUUUGAAAAUGGAAUAAAUCAAUUAUCAGCCAAAUCAAGAAUCGGAAUAAAUCUCUGAACAUGUGGAGUAUUCUUCCUCCAAUACCUUCUAAUUGAUUUUUACUCAAGGUAGGUGAAUAACCCUGAUGUGAUAACAACUGGGGCAAGAACAUAAGGUCUUCAACUGGUUAUUCCUUGAUAUACAGAAAUUAACAUUGUAUAUUUGCAAGAACUCAAGAAGAAGAUUUUUUUCAUUCACCUUCGGUAAGUAUAUAGUUUCGAUUUCAUCCUCAACUUGGUAAAUUCGACUUUGUUUGUUAACAACAAUCAUAUUUUCAAUAUUCAUAAACAAACGUCACUCUGUAUAGAUGAGGAAUGCUUCAUUGAGGUUUUUUGAAAUAUUUUUGGUUUCACAGAUGAUGAAUUUAUUCAAUUUCAAAAUACACACUGCUAACAUCACCAGGAAAAUAUUGAAUAUUUUCCUAGCAUCAUCAGGGUUCAUCGUUCAGAGAAACAAUAUCAUCAUUAUAUCAUUAGUUAGUUGAGAAUAAGUGAGCAAUUAUCAUUUUUUGUAUUUUGAUAAUUUAGCAAACGUAAAAUAAGCGAAAGGUUGUUACAAAAUGUGUAAUUUAUCGUUGUAUCGAAUGUUGUGUGAAUUCCAAAAAUGUUGCACAACUUUUCCCUACCUAUACCUAUGGAACUGUCUUCACUGAUUUCAUCAUCAUACAUGAGCUUCAUUUUAUAUUUCAUCAAAAUAUGAAAUUCUAUUUAUGAGACCUGAAAUAUUUUUUCAAAGUAUGUGUGUAUAAUCUCUGAAAGUAUACACAGUUUGACAUUAAAACACAUUCCUCAUGAAUUGAACUAAAUAAAAAACUCAUGAAUCAUUUGUUGAAUUCCCUUCGAUAUAAUAUGGACCACGUCACUGAAUUUCACUGAUAUCAAUUAUCAUAGAUUUAGUUAGACGAUUAGUUUUAUUCACAAAGUUGUGCAAGAUUGACAGUUAGCGCCUAUCUCAUAUGUAAAGUAUACCAUUAAGAUAAACUCAACCGAACAGAUAGUUUUUACCAUUAAAAGUUAUGUAUACUUAUAGUCCAAGAGCCGACUGUAAAUUUUGACCGUCAUCUGAUAACGAAAUGAUAUACCGGGUGUCAACGAAUCUAUUAGACAAGUCAUAACUUCUAGACCAUAAGGUGUAUCGAAUUGAGAUUUGGUAUAGGUAAAUCGUAUGUGAAGAGGAGAGUUUCCACAUAUUUUUUACCAUCCGGUCACUUUCGGUUUCACCGGAAAUGGCUCCGGUUCAAAAUUUUUAAAUGGAACACCCUGUAUAUUGUAACAUUUUCGGAUUUCUGAGACUAUUCUAGAUCAGAAUGUGACAUUUUCAAAAGUUUUUAUGCCUAUUUAAUUCUUCUGGUGUCAGUGAUAUCAGAAAAUUACAAUCGCGAAGUUUUAGUGACAAGUAUGAUAGAUAUGAAUAAGACAAGUUGGCAAUAUUACAUUCUCGUGUGUAACUAUUAUUUUUCAAAUAGCGACCAUUUUUUGACAAGCACUUUCCAAAAAAGGAUAUUUUGACGAAUCUAACGAUACUAAUUUAUUCAAAUGCAAAUUUCCGCACAGGAAAAAGCAAUUUUCUAAUCAUUUUGCUCAGGAUAGUGAUUGGCACAGGUGCCGUUCGAUGAACUACAAUGUUUUUACUUUCGUUUGGGAUAUAUGUAUAUCAUUUCGUCAUCAAAUGUCGGUUGACAGCUGCAGCCGACUCUCCUACUAUUACAUCAAACGUUGAAUUGAACAAUUUUCCACUUGCCUUGUAUAUCAAUUUGUUUAGUCAUUAUCAUAUCAUAGGCCGAGCAACACUGCCAUCUCGUGCCAUUAUCAUAUUGAGUAAUAGAGCAUUAACUCUCACUUUUGAUUUAAAAAAAUUGGAGGCUAAAGCGAAAAUUACUCAGUGCUACGGUGUAAAAUAAGUCUAAAACAUUAUAACCUCUAGCAAAAGCUGUUUUUCAUUAAGAGGGGACACCGCGAUCUCAUGUUGUACCUACCCUCUUAAGGGUUUUUGUUUCAAUUCUCUAUAAUGAAAUUCUUAUUAUAAUCCAGUUGUGAUUUCUGUGUGCUCCAAUUUUUUUAUUCAAAAGGCUUCUUGGUGUCCAUUGCAUGGUCAGGUUACAGAUUGUUAAACUAAGUACUAGCUAGUAGUCCGAUGGUGGCUGCGAUUGUAACUGUGCGUACUUACUUCACGAUAUAGUACCUACAGUAAAUCGAAUUUAGUCGAAAAAUUAUUAGAAUGAGAAGUUAAGAGAUUUUAUUGAAUGUCCCUGUGUCACUAUAGAAAGUUUAUUUAGGUAUGGUUGGAAAAACGGUAUAGCAUUGUGAUCUUGACUCUGUAUAGAUAUUAAUUUGAUUUUUUGUCAUUUUGUCGAAUUCGUAUUCUCAGUGAGUGGUUGGUUAUUUUUAUUCAAGUGAUAUAUGAUUUUCAUCAAUUAUUUGUAAAAUAAAUAUUUUUUGUUUA